AUUAGCAUUACAUAUACAACAAUGGAUAGGAAACCACGUAUUUUAAUACUUUUAACUUUGUAUUGCAUUUCUUCAACAGAAGCAGUUUUUUCUCAAAAUAAGCAUAUUAGAACUGAAAUCAAAUAUGGCGAAGCAUGCGGCAAAGGACAGGUAUACAGGAAGGACUGUAACACUUGCCACUGCAUCGGCUCGCAUUUAGUGUGUACCAAAAUGGGAUGCUUGAGACACGCUAAAGAAAGGACAUCCAAUGAGGACCUGCGGAACAAUAACGAGCAAGUCUGCGUCGCGGGGAAGUUCUAUAAGGAUGGGUGUAGAAGAUGCUUCUGUAGUGAUGAGAAGCGACUGCUGUGUGGUCCCAUAGACUGCAAUACAGUUAGCAAACUCCCAACAACGCACGAGGCCAUCCAUGCUCACAGUAAAUAUUCCCCCUCGCAACAACACAAGCUCCCUAUUCUGAAGCAUAGGUUCUCCGAAUGUACCCCCGGAUCGUCUUAUCGACUCGACUGCAACACCUGUCUCUGUCUCGCCAACGGGAACCUGCAGUGUGGACAGAUGUUCUGUCCUAGUCAUGAUGAUGUGCACAGAGUUAAAGCGAAAGCUUUGUCAGGUCAACCAUGCGACGACCUUGACAUUAUAGAUAAAAAUCUGGAGUGCGUGAUAUGUCAAUGCGUCGGCGGCACCAAUAUCUGCCACGCUAAACCCAACUGUGUGCCGGUCAAGAAGCAUGAACCGAUCGAGGAAAACUCAGGGAAGCAAUGUAGCCCGGGGAUGAUAUACAAGCGAGCCUGCAACAAGUGUCUGUGCACAGAAACCCACAGUCUCCGCUGCACAAUGAAGAGUUGCCUCAGUAAAACGCAAGCCAGCCGUGCUCACAUGAUACGGAAGGCCUGGGUGGACUAUACCUUGCGGAAGGCAGGGAAGAAAACUUAAUUGUAUUAUUAA